UCUUGCGUAUUCACAUAUACGCAUAGAUACGUUACUUCCCAGAUAAAUCGCUCUGCUGAUUCCGGAAUGACCCAUAGAGAGUCUCCUGCAAAAGAACAACAAGAUGCGCGACAAACCGUCCUUGAAGUCGCUCAACCGCAAGCUCAAAACUACAAAUCCACGUGCCGAGGUUGUUAUAACUUAGAUUAUGGAAGGUUCUGGCCGGGUGUUGAGCUUUACGCCCAUCGAAUCGUGGAUAAUCCUCAGCCUGAUACUCACACCAAAUAUCGCAUCACGAGUUUGGAGCGUAUAAAAACUGCGGCCACAGGAGGCUGUCGAUGGUGCUAUAUAAUCAGCCAUGGAAUGAGCAGUGUCUGGAAAGAGCUUCCUGAGCAGGGUAAUCGAACCGCAAAGAGCUGGCCCCAGGGUGGAAGCUGCAGUCACUUUGACUUGCAUAGGGAGCGGUUGUUGAUGACUUUUGGAUCGAAAGAAAGUUUUCGAUACACCGUAUUCUUAAAGCUAGCACCGAAUCGACCUCUUCGAGUUUUGCGAGGGUAUGACAAGCCACAGUGGCCGGCUGUUGAUCUUAGAACAGCAAUCGAAUUCUACACGGAGAUUGACCAUCUCCCCGCUCACCAGGCCUUUGGCCAUGCUCGUACAGUGCAACCACAUCUCACAUUGGAUGACUGUAUUGAUGAUAUACGGCGCUGGCUUCGAACUUGCAAUACCCGACAUGCAGCGUGCAGUGUCCCCGCUAGGUUUUUACCAAAGCGACUUAUUCAAGUCACAGAGGGGACCCCCAGACUUGUCGAAACCGAGACCCUUGACUACGCGCCAUACUUGACAUUAAGCCAUUGCUGGGGCGAGAAUCCUGCGCAAAUGAUAAGAUCUACGAAGCAAAAUCUUGAAAAACGGAAAUGUGGCAUCGAUUGGGAAGAACUUCCAGUGGUAUUCAGAGAUGCUUUCUCGAUCACCCAGGCUAUCGGUCAUCAUUUUAUAUGGAUUGACUCUCUGUGUAUUAUACAGGACGAUGAAGAAGAUUGGGAAGAGGAAGCUUCGGCGAUGGCUGAUGUCUAUUCCAAUUCGUUUCUUAAUAUCGCCGCAACCUUCUCCUCGGAUAGCUAUACGACACUCUUUUCCGAUCGCAAACACUUUGUAGAGCACCAAGCGGGUAAUUUCACCGAGGAGCCAAUCCAUUCUUGGCAAAUGAACGAUCCGUCCACCCAAACUGAUCCGCGACUAUUCGCUCGUAAACCACACCAGUUCAGCCACACCAUGUUUACCAGCCAAGCCAAUUCAAGAUUCGUAGCCCAGGCAGAAAAAAUCGCCCCUCUCCUUCAACGAGCAUGGGUAUUCCAGGAAAGGCUCCUAGCGCCUAGGAACAUCCACAUCGGCUCCUCGGAACUAACCUGGGAAUGCAGCACAGCACUUGCAUGCGAAUGCGGAGGAAUAUCCCACACAUCUAUCCACAGCGCAGACCUUGAAGGUCUCAAGCCCCGCUUCGCACUCGCCCGCCAGAACAAACUCCCCGAGAAACAAGUCCUCGAUAUAUGGCACGAGAUAGUAACGAGCUAUUCCAAUCUCAAACUCACAAAACCUUCGGAUCGCAUAAAAGCCCUGCACGGAGUAGCCUCGUGCAUCUCGCGCAUUCUACAUUGCGACAACAUCUUCGGUAUCAUGAGUACACACAUGUCCAGUGGUCUUCUCUGGUUCCCUCGAGGCGGCGCAUUAACGCCCCCAGGAACAAUCCCCUCGUGGUCGUGGAUAUCCCGAUACGACCCCAAUACCUCAACAGCGAAGUUCUACCACGAUGUAGAAACCAUCGAUUACCGCCUCCAAGUCACCCCGAUCCACCCACUUGGCGCUCUGUCGACUCCCACCCGGCUGCUCGUCAAAGGCUUUGUGCAUCGUGGCCGCUUGAUACCUAAUCAACCCAUGUGUGCACGUGUGCGGAUUGAAGCGUGGCAUAAUGCGAUAUAUUGGGACUUGUAUAAUAGAGAUGUUGCGGAGGAGAAAGAGGUGUUGUGUCUGCUCAUGGGCACGAGUAGUAUGGAUGAGAUGCCUAUGAUGGUGCUGGAGCCGCAAGAGAUCAAAGGGCAAUAUAGAAGGAUUGGCGUUGUACGAUAUUUCGAAUACGGGGGGAUGAAGAUCGAGGGCGGUGAGAUUCGGGAGUUCACGCUUGUUUGA